AACACACACACACACACACACACACACACACACACACACACACACACACACACACACACAGUUACUGCAUUCAACUUUAAUGAAACUUUAAGCACACCUUUCGAUCUUUUAUUUUUGAAUACAUUAAAAUCAUUUCCAUACAGUUCCUAUCAUAUAGGAUGUCAAAACCAUUGGAAUAAUGUUCUGAGAGUUAGAAAGCAAGCUGUGAAAGAAAAUCAGUCACAUCAUUAAUCACAUCUCAUUAAAAAAAAAAAAAAGAUAGCAUUUGUUUUACCAUUUAAUGUUUCGGAAGCUGACAACAGGACAUUCCCAAAAGGACAGUUCACAACAUUAAGGAUUUACUGUUAUAUCAUACAUUAUCCAGAAGAAGGCAAUAUACACUCUAAAAUGCAGAUCCUAGGCAAAUCAGUUUAUAAACAUUGCCUCCAUUUUGGAAUUGCAAAGUAUUUAAGAUUAAUUCAUUUUAAUCAAGUUGUUUUGGCAGUUAGUUUUGGAUCAUUUGAUGUAUUUGCAAUGUGUUGUGGUUCAUUGUCUUACUGCAUGUUGAAGUUCCUCCCAAUUAGAUUGGAUGCAUUUUCUCUGUAAAUUCAAAUUUGCAGACAGAAUGUUUCUUAGACUUCGUAGUUCAUUCUGCUGCUACCAUCAUGAGUAACAGAUCCAACAUGCAUCAUCUGAAUUUCCUGAACAAGAUGUGAAAAGUGAAAAAAUGUUGAGAUUUUGACUGAUAAUGCCACAUACAAUGCCUUUCAUAACACCCAUGUUAAAUAAAUUACAAACUAAAGGUAAAUUAAUAAGAAUCUUUUUAGCAAAUUAUUUGAAUGUCCUCAUGCUAUUAGCAAAAACUCUUGUAGCCCUGAUGUUGCUCCUGUCAGCAAAUAACCCUUGUAAAAUGGGAUUUUUAUCUGAGGUCGGUCAAGAACUUGUUAUAAUGGUUAGAUUGGAAAAAAAAACAACUCGAUUUUUAAGAAUUACAAGCAUUAAAUGGGACUGCAGCCUUGGAAUCACAGAAUGUAAUUUCAGCCACCUGGACAAGAAGUGUGUGACAGAUUCUGGCAGAUUCAGUCUGAUUCUCCUGAUAUUAUAAGCCUGCAAGAGCUGAAAGUAACUCCAAUAUAUUCUGUAAAGUACAAUUUGUAAUGGUUGCAAAGCUGAACCAAGUUUCAACCCUGUUUCUGUACAAGUCUCCAAAACUAAAAAUAUGGUAGUCUUUAACUAAAAUCCUGUGCCAAUUUAAGAAAUUAUGGUCUACUGAGGGCAUUCUGUGUGUGUGUGUGUGUGUGUGUGUGUGUGUGUGUGUGUGUGUGUGUGUGUGUGUGUGAGAGAGAGAGAGAGAGAGAGAGAGAGAGAGAGACUGUGUGUGCCUGCAUUUGAGUAAUAGGAGGAGGAGUGAGGGAGUAGAAACAGAACAUGCCCUGACUCAUGUUUCACAAUGGAAAAGAGGAGAAACAAAAAGAGACUGGAUGAGUGCCCUUCUGUGGCGACACCAAAUCUUUUUUAUGGAGCCAGUCAGACUGGAGAAUGAAGAUCUGUGCAGGGUUAACAGUUUUCCUGACUAGUGUUUUCUUCAUAGAAAUGUUUCUGCAAUGGUGGAUUUCAAGGAAAAAGCAGAUGAUUGCACAGCCAUUAAUGCCACGGUCACACCAUCUCCAUUCUGGGUGGCAGUUGAGGGUGAGAACGUCACACUUUCAUGUAAAGUGAACCAGUGGCACAAAUCAGACACUGCUCUUGUGCUACGCUGGAUUUUCCAUCCUGUGUCUGGAGGAGACGAGCAGCUCCUUGCCAAAGUCAAUAUGAGAAGGGCAAAAUUCUAUGGAAACUACACCAAGAGCUUCCCCAAACCCAAGAUUAAGUUAAUAGUUGUGAAGCAGGGCAAGAUCUACAACCUCUUGAUCAUCAACAUUACCAGAGAUGACAUAGGCCUGUACAGCUGCAGGGUGCAUGAGUUUAAGAAGCAUAGGGAGAGAUGGAAAUCAUCUGCCAACUCCACAGCAGCUACAGAACUUAAAGUGUCCACCAAUGCCAAGGGCGGGCUUUGGAGCCUGUUUGAAGAUGUGUAUCUGUGUGCGGUGCUGAUAUGUUGUGUGGGGCUCUUGUGCAUGUUUAUGUUUACCAUGGCUGUAGGCUGCCAGUAUCUGCAAAAGAAGAGGCACUUAAAAGAAAGUUACCAUUUGGUGAAAAGUCCCCAAAACAGCUCUGGAGAAACAGUCACAAGUGUAGUUAGCCUCUCUCCGGCUCUUCCCAAGAAGCAAAAGAACUACAAGACAAAGAGAAAAGUACAACAGGUGGAGGAUCCACCAGAAAUCCCAGCUAAAGCACCCAUUGCUGACAGACUGAGAAAGCCAAAACUUUUAAAACCUCAGACACGAAAGAUAAUUCUGCCAAAGAUUACAGAGGAGAGUUUAACUUAUGCAGAACUUGAACUGGUUAAACCUCUUCCAGAUGCUAAAACUUCCAAGACAGGAACUGUGUAUGCCCAAAUCCUUUUUGAAGACCAAAUGGUGUAAUGAAAUCAUUUAACUUUUUUUAUUGAUUAUUUAUAAUGCUCAAUAUUAUUGACAAUGUCUAGUAAAAUUUUGCUACCAGAUAUGUAACAACAUUGACUUUAUUUAAUUAUUUGUAUGUAUUGUGUUUUAUUGGAAAAACCCUUGGCAUAUAGACUGCCAUACAAGACCCUGUGCAGACUGACACAGAUAGUGCUAAAGAACAUUCUGUGUUUUGUAUGACACAUCUCAUAGCUGUAUAAACAGGCAUUUUUAACCAUCGCCUCCCCUGUAACUACUCCUGUUAUCAGAGGAUCCACUUUCAUCUGCCUGCCAAGUUUAAAUAUCAUGCACAAAUUAGUGAUCCAUGGUAGACCUUGAUUGUUAGUUAGAGCUGGAGAACCAGACAUGAGCAAAAUACUGAAAAAUCAAGUGUGCUUUAAUCACUGUAUGCUACAUUAUGUUUAUCUCUUUAGUGCAUGUUAAACUAAUGAUCAAAAUACUGACUGAAAUAAUAAUAAUCAACAAAGCUGUAGACACGACCCCAGCACAAUGGAAGGCUAUUCUUUAGUACCCUUCUUUUCUGAGCGUAUAAUAGUAUUGUAAUACAACUUGAUGAGUGUGGUGAGUGUGAGUAGAAAAGAUUUGGCCUAUUGCACAGCAUUAUUUAAAAAAAAAAUCACACAAUAAAACAGAACAUAAAUAAGUACCCUUGUCAAAAAAUAAAAUAUAAUUUCAGUUGGUCUUUAAGAUAUUUGAUUUUAAGAAUAUUAUUGAAACUAUACCUGUAUUUUAUUGGAAAAAAUGUUGUUACAUUAAAUUACAGAGAAUUUUUUUUAUACUGAAAUAUUUUAUUUUAAAUAACAGUAUUUCCUUUUAUAAGUUAGAGUAUUCUAUGCUAUUACUAAUAUAUACUAUUCUGUAAACAUCUUAAAUGUAUUCUUCAUUAAUAGAACCCAUUAAAAAUUCUGCAGAAGUAGAUAUAUCUACAGGGUUUAAUGUCCUUGACCUAAAAGUUGUUUUCUCUAAAUAUGAUAGAAAUUCAAAUUAGGAUCCUGUACUUCAAAGUUUCUUAAAGAAAUCUUUUAUGAUCUUUUUGACAAGGAUAAUUUCUUUUGCAUAAAUGUCUAUCCAUUGUAAAGAGUAAAUAGUAUUGAAAACCAUAAAGAUUGACAGAGGGAGUUAGAUAAAUUGCACUAUUCCCAAGCAGCUUAACUGAACUUGUCUGCAUGUUUUUCUAUGUUUCAUUUAUUUAUUUUUUAAUUAAGUGUAUUUUAUGACUGUUGGACUCUACUCUGUAAAAUGCUUCACCUUCCAAAUAAGCAGAAAGCAACAUGAAAUCCCUCAUGUUGCACAGAAUUAUGGGAUGCUGAUGAUUAACUCCUUCCGUACUUAGAUUGCAAGAAAUCCUUCUCUGGGAAAGUUUUUUAACUGUGAAAACUCAGACACUCCUCCAAACCACAGUGAGUGUAAUAGGAGAGCACUGUGUGCACCGCUAAUAAGUUCCAUCUGUGAAUUCAGCUCAACAAGGCCAUCCUCAGCUCACACAAGCAGAACAUCCAUUUCUUCUUUUCCAGCAUUACACUUACAUAAUCAUAGUGCAAAAGCUUUAUUAAAGAAGAAGAGGAGAUGUGCAAUUUGUGUUUAGAUAAUUGUGUUACCUUAGAUAUGUAUUGUUUCUUAUUUUUAUUGUUUUUUCUUAAAUAAAAUAUGAAAAACACAAA